AUGUCAUUAUAGGAAUACACAUAGGAUUUAAAUAAUCUUUGCAAUAAAUUAAUUUAAGUAUAAGAUUUAAAGUUAUUUGUUGAGAAAUACGGUGUUAAAGGAAUAGUAGGAGCAGGUUAUUUAGCUAUAAAUAAUAAAGAUACAUACAUUAAAUCUGAAAGAGUGAUUAAGUAAUGGAUUAAAGAUGAAAAUCUUUAUGAGAAAUUUUUAUUUAGCACUGAUAAAGAUGACUAAGAAGUAGUCAAAUAGAUGCUCUUCCAUUAAUAAACUCAUGUAAGAACUCUUGUUUCUGAGUGCAUAGAAUUUCAUGCAUAUGAUAUUGGCUUAUUUUUAGAAAGAAAUUAAUAAAAUGAACUCUAUCAAUCUUACUUGCUAGUUCUUAUCCAUUUAUUAGCUGAUUAAGAAACAGAAGUCGCCUUAAAGAUUUUGAGAGCGCUCAAAAAAAUGACCAAAAUGGAAAACAAUGUUUAAUUUAUGGAAGAUGAUUUCUGGCUUUAGAAGGUUGAAGAAGGCGUUCAAGCAGCAGAUGAAGUUGUUGCUUUAAGAUUUAUGGAACUUAUUGUUGCAAUGUCAAAUACAAAUGAAAGAAUACACAAUAAAUUAGUUAACAAAGGUUUGCUAGAAAAAUCUAUACAAUUAUAUCAAACUGAUGAUUUGCUUGUGAAGUUAAAUGCAGUAGAAAUAUUUUCUUAUUUCGGAGAGAAAGAUUACAAUUCAAAAUAUCUUGCUGAACAUAAAAUUACCUAAUAAAUUAUUGCAGAGGCCUUCAAUUAAAAAGAAGAAUUGUAUAUUAGAAAAUACUCUAUGUUGCUUGUUGCUAAAAUGAUAGCAAGUUCUGUUAUGAAAUUGACUCCAUAAUUAGCUAAAGAUACUCUAGCUUUUAUUCAACAGCUUAUCCAAUCUAAAUUAUAAGAAGAAAUAUCAUCUGCAUUUGAAAUUAUGUCCUUCAUUUGCAUCAAAUAAGAAGGAGUAAAUUUAAUUGUAAAAGAUAAGAUUGUCCUUAAAACUCUUUUGGACUAUACUUCAAGCACUAAAGUCGAAUUAAGAAAAAAAUGUGUGAAUGUAUUUAGUCAUAUUCUAUUUACAAAUAGUUCAACCCCAAAAAACAAAAAUACUGUGUUUAAUUUAUUGAUGUGUUUUGGUAACUCCUAAAUGGCAAAUUAAAUAAUAAAUUUUGAAAAUUAAUAUGAAAACCUAGAUUAGUUGUAAAAUAGCUUUAAAGUUAUAGAAUAAAAUCUGUUUUCUCCUUUCGAAGAUAUAGAGCUAGAUUACAUGCUUUUACUUAAACAUUGCUUCUUAUAUGAAGAAAUAUGCUUCUAGUAUAUACAAACACCUAAAAGUAUAGAAUACAUGACAUCUCAUCUCUGCAAAAAUAAACUAAUCUUUGAUUUGAAAAGAGAAUUAAGAGAUACUCUCAUCGCCGUUUGUAAGAAGAACUCUAAAAAUAACAAACUCUAUGAAGUAUUUAUUGAUAACUAUUAUAAAGCCUUACAAAAUAAAUCCAAUCCUUCUCAAGAAAUGCAAUACGAAUCUUCUACUUUAUGA